AUUACUGAACUUUCUACCCAAAAAUUUAUUGGAGCAGUUCAGCUGUGGUCACUUAUUACUCCAGUAAAUCCUGCCAGCAGAUGGGGUCCACUAAUAUUUAUAUUUGCAGUCUCAUCUUCGAAAGAAGCUUGGGAUGAUUACAAUAGAUAUCUCUCAAACAAGAAAGCGAAUGAGAAAGAAAUUUGGAUUGUCAAACAAGGGAUCAAAAAACAUAUCCAAGCACAGGAUAUUCGUGUAGGUAAUAUAGUAUGGCUUCAUGACAAUGAUGAAGUGCCAUGUGAUCUUGUACUGAUUGGUACCUCUGACCUGCAAGGCGUUUGCUAUGCAGAGAUUUUUGUCAUUGUACUACUUUCUGGUGGAGUUCAGAUUGUGAAAAUGCUUUUUCUGAAUGCAGAGUUCAGGUUUCUAAAAAGAUUGAUACUUGUCCAUGGGCGGUAUUCUUACAACCGCACAGCAUUUUUAUCCCAGUACUCAUUCUAUAAUUCCCUCUUGCUGUGUUUUAUCAGAUCUUGUAUCUCUGGAACUAGUCUUUUCAAUUCUGUUAGCUUGAUGGCUUAUAAUGUCUUCUAUGCUAGUGUUCCUGUUCUGGUCAGUGUCCUUGACAAAGAUCUUUGUGAACAGACUGUGAUGCAGCAUCCUCAAAUUUUAUUCUACUGCCAGGCAGGAAGGCUUCUUAAUCCAAGUACAUUUGCUGGAUGGUUUGGCCGGUCCCUAUUCCAUGCGAUUGUCAUGUUUGUAGUCAGUAUAAAUGCCUAUGUGUAUGAAAAAAGCGAAAUGGAGGAGGUUUCAAUGGUAGCACUGUCCGUAUGUUUAUGUUUGCAGGCUUUUGUUGUGGCAUUGGAAACCAAUGUUCCAACUUCUUGCCAUAUGGGGGAAUUUAGCUGCCUUCUAUGUCAUAAAUUGGAUAUUCAGUGCUAUUCCAUCAUCCGGGAUGUACACAAUCAUGUUCCGAUUGUGUCACCAACCGUCUUAUUGGUUAACUAUGUUUGUAAUUAUCACCCUUCGACAUUUAAGUUAUGGAAGGCUUGCCUAUUUAUUUAGGUAGAAAACGAGUCCAAUCCAUUUCACUGACUAAAAUUGUAAUUCCACUACAGCUCAUAGUUGCAGCAGGAAUAGGUCCAAUCAUGGCUUUGAAAUACUUCCGUUAUACCUACAGACCAAGUAAAAUCAAUGUACUUCAGCAGGCUGAACGUAUGGGUGUCCCAUUUUGUCUGUGGGGACUAUUGAACCUCAGCCAAGAUGUUUUAAAAAAGAUGUUUCUCCAUUAUCCAUUACUCAACCAAAGAGCAGAAAUCCAGUUUAUGAACCUUUAUCAUCUGAUUCUCCAAAUACUAGGUCUUUCGGGGCAGCUACUCCAUUCGACUUCUUUCAGUCCCAGUCCACAUUGUCUUCUGUUUACUUAAGAAACUGUAAGGAUAUCUGACUUUACUACUUAUUUGAUGGCUAGAAAAUUUAUGUUUGGGCUGUAGUUUUUAAAUACCACAUUAUGUUGAGUAGUUUCAUAGGCCAUUCAUUCACAAGCUCCAUCCAAAAAUUAAUUGUCUAAGGCAUCCUCUACAUCCAUUUUUGUGUUUUAAAAUCCAGUAAAAACACAGCUGCAAAUUAAUUACCUUGCUUAUGGUUGAA